AUGGAGCGUUGGAACGUAGAGCAUCGUGUGUUCGUUGUAGAGCAGUAUUUUAGAAACAAUGAUUCCGUAGUCAAAGUUCAACGUCUUUUUCGUCGAAAUUUUGGAAUUGGUCGUCGAGGUGCAGUGCCUGAUAGAAAUACUGUACACCGAUGGGUUGCAGGGUUUAGAAGAACUGGAUCAGUGAUGAAAAAAAAGCCACCUGGUACUCCCCAUUCAGUUCGAAUUCCUGAAAAUGUAGACCGAGUAAGAGCGGCAUUUUUUGUUAGUCCAAGACGAUCGGCCAGACGACAUGCUGUAACACUGGGUAUGUCUCGUCGUUCGCUUCAUCGCAUCUUACGUAACGACCUUAAGUUUCACCCGUACAAGAUAAUGAUUGUCCAGCAGCUUAAGGAAGGGGAUUUUGUGCAGCGCAGAGAGUUUUGUCGCUUAAUGGACGAAAUUUAUACGGAAAAUGGAGAUGCUACAGUUUUCAUGACUGAUGAAGCACAUUUUCACCUAAACGGUUACGUAAAUGUUCAAAAUUGUCGGUAUUGGGCGUCGGAGAACCCUCAUGAAUUACACCAAAGACCUCUCCACAGUUUAAAAGUAACAGUGUGGUGCGGUAUUUCAAAGAUGGGCAUUAUUGGACCCUAUUUUUUUGAAGAGGAAGGAACUGCAGUUACUGUGACAUCAGUCCGCUACGUUGAAAUGUUAAACAAUUUUCUUCGUCCAGAACUUGAAAGGCGUCAAGUGGACAUGAGAGAAAUAUGGUUUCAGCAGGACGGUGCCACAGCUCACACGGCGAGAGCAUCCAUGGAAGUCGUUCGACAAAUGUUCCCAGGACAUGUUAUUUCAAGAUAUGGUGAUGUUCACUGGCCUCCUCGCUCACCCGAUUUAUCGAUAUGCGACUUCUUUUUGUGGGGAUAUUUAAAGUCAAAAGUCUACAUAAACAAGCUUCGCACAAUCGAUGAUCUGAAGAAUUCCAUUCGUCAGGAAAUUGAAGCCGUGCCGAAUGAAAUGUUGGAGACAGCCGUGCGCAACUUUCAGGAGAGGAUCCAAAUUUGUAUCAAUCAAGAAGGACGUCAUCUUCAAGACAUUAUUUUUCGAACUUAA